AUGUCGCAUGCUUUCCUCAAUACUGUCCUCUUUCUAGCAGUGGUGGCUAGAGCGCUCGUUGGCCCGGGCUCAUUGAAUUCUGACAUAUCGAUUCUUAUUCACAAUGACUUGCUGGAAACCUCCAGCCCCCAUGCUGAGUCAGGUGUGCUCUUACUGGAUGCGAUGCCAUUACAAGAAGGUCUGAACGGUUGCAACAGCCUUAACGAGACACUAUGGAGCUCAAGUUCGGGAUUCGAAAAUAUCCAGAAUGAUCUGGACUAUCUUGUAUUGCAAAAGAAAUACGCCAGCGACCAAAGAUAUUGGAUUGCCCCGGUCCAUGGUACACCAUCCAGCGUAGACUCGAGCGGCUGCGUGAAGAAGGCUUCUGCAAAUGAGCGCUUGCCAGUGCUGUGUACGCAGACUGCUCCUUACUCUACGGCCGAUGAGAAGAAUACGAAUGCCAUUUGGCAGGUCACCGUCAACUCUAACAAGCAAUAUCUUACCGGCUUCCGUGAUCGGUUCAUUUUUCGCUUUCUUGGUAUUCGAUAUGGCAAACCAGCAAAACGAUGGACCUACUCUCAAGCAUACGAAGGAAAUAGCGAUCAUGCGUUUGCUCUCGACUACGGCUCCCAGUGUGUCCAAGGCUCAAGCGGCUCGGAAGAUUGUUUUUUCCUAAACAUCUGGACGCCAUAUCUUCCAAAACCAAAGGUUGAUCAUGGCAAUAAACUAAAACCCGUGAUGUUCUGGAUCCAUGGAGGUGCCUUCACUGGUGGUUCAGGCAGUGAUCCCACUUUCGACGGGGGAAAUCUUGCGUCUCGAGGGGAUGUGGUCGUCGUUACCAUCAACUACCGCCUAGGUACGCUUGGAUUUCUAGCGUUGAACGAUGGCAUCACCAAUGGAAAUUACGGGAUGGCGGACCAGAUUACUGCGCUUGACUGGGUUCGCCGCAAUAUUCAAGACUUCGGGGGUGAUCCCAACCAAAUCACUAUUUUCGGACAAUCGGCAGGGGCAGGAUCAGUCCGGGCUUUGCUGGCAUCGCCCAAAGCUCAAGGCAAGUUUGCAGGCGCGAUCAUGCAGAGCAAUCUUGGUGGCCUGGCAUAUGGGACGACGUACUCGAAGUACUACACCAUUGAGCAGGAGAUGCAAGUUGCUGGCAAUGCUAUUCUGAGCGAAACGAAUUGCACGGAUGCUAGCUCACAACUUGACUGUCUACGAGCAGUUCCCGCAACGACUAUUUCCAGUCUCCGUGCUACUACACGCUACCUUGUGGUGGACGGAGAAUAUCUCACAAGCUCUGAACUCAAUCUGAAAGACCCAGGUUCUACUGCGAGGGUACCUUUGAUGCUAGGCACAACGAGAGACGACGGGGCUACCACAAUCGGCUAUCCUAAGGAAGGAGAAACAUUUCAGCAGUUCUUGAACAGAUCUGGUCUGCCGCCAAUAGUAGCUGGGAGUCAAGUGUUUCCGAUACCCUCUGGCUCCAACCAGACACUCAACAUCUUCAACACAACUGUACGAGUGGCUACCGACGGAAUGUUCCGCUGCAUCGACCAAGCGACUGCCUACGCUGGAUUCGCCAACAAGGUAUUCCCCGAAGUAUUUUUCUACGAGUUCAACCGUACCUAUCCGGUGCCCGAAUGGUCACCUAAUCCUCCUCUGUGCCAAGCACCCGUGUCAUCAGACUAUCCCAACGGCGAUCCAAGACGAGAAUAUUUCAAGUGUCACUCCGGAGAACUUUACUAUGUGUUUGGGAACGUGGUACGCCAAGGUCUUCCAUUGAGAGAUGAGUUCGACCUGCCGUUUCAGCAAUUUGUGCUGGACUCUUGGGCUAGUUUUGCCCGAUCGUUCAAUCCUACGCCGGACACGAAGUACACCAAAGCAAGAGGAUAUGUCAACACAACUCGACAGGUUGAAGUGACUGGCCCGUGGACGCCUUUCAAGCACGAUAGUUAUCAGCUCCGGUUUUUACAGUGGCCGUCUGCUAUGGUGGAUUUGGAUGAAACGGAGCAGUGUGGCGCUUUGAACUUGCCUCUCAAUUAUUAUGAUUAA